GAGCAUCUGAAGUUAAAUUGACAUAUUAAAAUGAAGGCUAUUUAGUGUAUUUUCACCUAAUUAGGCAACAUUUAGCGUAUCAUAUCACUUUACUUCGAUGUUCAAAGAGUUCAUUAAGAAGUGGAGGCAAUACAGAUACAGAUUUGUUCCAUGGAUAUCUCUGAAUUUAAAAGAAAGGUCUGUGAGAGAAGUCAAAACAGGUGAACAUGACAAAAUAAUCCCAGAUGAACAGUUAGUUGACAGUUUACUUGGAAUCUUACAUGCACUCUUUGAUAAUGAACCAUCAUCACGCACCACCCAUCACCUAAAUGUGAGCCAGCACCAUGAGGAGGCCAUGUCUAUGGAUGAAAUGUAUGAGUUAUACAAACCAAGGUCAUUUGAGGAUGUGAGAUCUCUACAUAUGAAGAACAUGGAGAAGUUGUAUGAUACAACAGGAUUUGUGAUUGACAGGUGUCCCAGUCAGCUGAUUGGUGGAGGAAGAGGUGUGGCUGUCACAAGAGGAAAGAUACCUAAGCACUCGCUUGUCGCAUUGUAUCCAGGUACCCUGUAUCAGCCCCAAGAUCCAAUACUCUUCCAGUCUAUCAACAAUCCUUUCAUCUUCCGCUGCAUUGAUGGUCUCCUCAUUGAUGGCAAUGAUAGUGGCUUGUCCAAAUUCAUCUUCAAGUCUUGUCAUGGAAGAGAAAGGAUUGGUCCAUUCUACACAUGUGAUAUGUCAUGGUUGACUGACUUUCCCAUCAAUCCCCUCGGCAUUGGACAGUACAUCAACAAUCGCUCAAACGAUCACCCGGCCAAUGUAGCAUACCAGGAGGUUGAUCUUGGGGAUAGUCUACAAUUCCACCUUCGUCAGUAUAUUCCUCAUGCAUGGUACCAAUCUCCAGGCUACUCAGACUACAGGUGUAGAACAGUGGCCCUGGUUUCACUUAGGGAUAUAUCAGAGGAUGAGGAACUCUUUUCUUCAUAUUUCACAGUGGUACAUUGAUCCUAAGAUAGAAGCAAUUUCUGGGUCAAUAGAGGGAGCUAAUAGCGGAGACAGGUGAACUUCAUAAGCCUUUAUAAAGCACUCCAACAAGUUUUCUGUGAGUUGAAAUUCCACACAAGGAGUGUUAAAGGAAGGAGUAUUCAUUGAAACAUUAUAGGUGUUCAGGCUCAGAGACUGAGUGUGGGAAUAUGUAUGAGCUUAGUGAUAUAGCUUGAAACAGGAACACUGGGAAGUAUGUACUGCAAGAGUGUUAACAUACUGACCUGAGACAUAGUAAUUUCCUCCAUUGAAAAAAUGCAAAUUCUGUGUAAAAUUCUACAUGAAA